AUGACUUUCAGUAUUCACGGUUGCUCCGCCGUAUUCCACCACCCAUCUGCCACCGCCACCGCCAGCGUAGCUGUCUUCUCCGGUGAAAAUUGCAACGUCAUGAAAAGUAAUACUGUCUCUCUGAAGAGAAAAUCUAUUUCACCGAUCUCUUCUCCUUCUGAACCCUCCCCGAAAAGGGUCUCUCUCAAUUCACCACCACCCUCCGCCAUUGCCGCCGCUAAGGAUGGUCCAGACCCCAUUUCACCAACUACUUCACCAUCCCCUAAAAGGGUCACUCUCAAUUCACCACCACCCUCUGCCGCCACUGCCAUUGCCGCCGCCGAGGAUGGUCCGGUACCCAUUUCACCAAAAACUUCACCAUCCCCUGCAUUUUCACCCUUCUCCAAAAGGGUAUCUGAAAAAUCACCUUUUGCCACCACCAACGCCGCCACUGCUGAUGCCACGGCGACGCCACCACCGCUGCCAUUUUCAAGAUUCACAAAAACGCAGCCGUCCAAUAAUAACAAAACUCUGCGUCGGACACUAUCAGAACCACCAAUUUUCGAUUCUUUUACUGAUUUCUGUCGUUACAUGAAUUCCCAGUCACCGGAAAACAGCAAGAACAAUCCAAUCUCUGUAAAAUCAACUCUUCGUAGAUCAAUUUCUGAUCCCACUGCUGCGAAAAUUAUUCUUGCUCCGGCACCGGCAACUGCAACUCCGGCAUUGACUUCAGGAACAGGGCAUGAAAAAACUACAGGAAGCAAGGUAAAAUAA